AUGGCUGACCACCACUUGGAUGAGGUUCCUACAGCGUGCCCACACUGUGCGUCUCCUCAGGCUGGUCUACUUUGUGUGUGUCCAGCAGGCAAUUCUCCAGUGAUGGUGGUGGAAAUGUCACAGACAUCGAGUAUUGGUAGUAUAGACAUUUUUACUUCACAAGAGAGAAAAAAAGAAAGAAAUGCCAGCAGAGAAUCUUCUCUAAAAGAUUUGUCCACAAGAACUUCAAAUGUGGAGAGAAAAUCUUCUCAGUCACAGCGGAAUCGGAGCAAUGUCACAGGAGGAAAAGUCCCACACAUAAGAAUGGACAAUGGAGCGAGCAUUGAGGAAUUCUAUACCUUUGGAAGAAUAUUGGGACAGGGGAGCUUUGGAAUGGUCAUUGAAGCUACAGACAAGGAAACAGGAGCUAAGUGGGCAAUUAAAAAAGUGAAUAAAGAAAAGGCUGGAAGUUCUGCAGUGAAGUUACUUGAGCGGGAGGUGAACAUCCUAAAGACUGUCAAACAUCAACACAUCAUCCACCUGGAACAAGUGUUUGAGUCGCCUCAGAAAAUGUACCUUGUGAUGGAACUUUGUGAGGAUGGAGAACUCAAAGAAGUUCUGGAUCAAAGAGGACACUUCUCAGAGAGUGAGACAAGGCUGAUAAUUCAAAGUCUCGCAUCAGCCAUCGCAUAUCUUCAUAGCAAGGAUAUAGUGCACAGAGAUCUAAAGCUGGAAAACAUAAUGGUUAAAAGCAGCUUUAUAGAUGACAACAAUGAAAUGAACUUAAACAUAAAGGUGUCUGAUUUUGGCUUGGCUGUGCAGAAGCAUGGCUCUAGGAGUGAAAGCAUGAUGCAGACUACAUGUGGCACUCCUAUCUAUAUGGCACCAGAGGUCAUCAAUGCCCAUGACUACAGCCAGCAGUGUGACAUUUGGAGCAUAGGUGUCAUAAUGUACAUUUUACUGUGUGGAGAGCCACCCUUUUUGGCAAAUUCAGAAGAAAAGCUCUUUGAAUUAAUAAAGAAGGGAGAACUACAAUUUCAAGAUCCAGUCUGGGAUUCUGUAAGUGAUUCUGCAAAAAGUGCUUUGAAACAGCUCAUGAAAGUAGACCCCGCUCACAGGAUCACAGCUAAGGAACUGCUAGAUAACCAGUGGUUGACAGGCAAUACGCUUUCUUCAGCGAGACCAACUAAUGUAUUAGAAAUGAUGAAAGAAUGGAAAAAUAACCCAGAAAGUGAUGAUGACACCAAGGCAGACAUGGAGCCUGAGCAGAACACUGAGGAAAAUCCAUCUGCAAAGUCAGUAAAUCAGCCCACUGAUGCAGCCAAGAAGCCUGAUGCAGAUAGCAUCGACGUGAGCCCUUCAGACUCAACAUCCUACAAACUCAUUUCUGCUGAAAUCAAAGCAGAGCCAGAGAAAAGCUCCGGGUCUGUAAGCCAUGUAGCAGUGGCUAAAACCACUCUGAAAUCCUCUGCCUUGUUUCGAGGCAAGAAAAGGCUCUAAGGUUCUGCCCAGUGCCGAGCAGCUCAAGAACGGACCACUCUUCCAGCACUGAAGGGAGGGGCAGGAGGGAACAGCACGCACCGAGCUUAGCCAUUGGCUCUGAUGAGCCCUGCCUGUGUUUCCACCAGUUUAAAGUUGAAGCUAGUUACCUCCAGCAGCACAGCCUGAGCAGGUCAUUGGAGGAGGCAGCAGCAUGCUUGGGAGAGGCUGCCACUCUCACCAACUCAAGGUGUUCCACGACUGUUUAAGGGACAAGUGCUGUCAGUGCAGGCUGGGGCCAGGCUUGCUCAGUUCUACUCAAAUUCUUAUAUUUAGGCACAAUUAUUUAUAAGGGAAAACAAGAGGCCAAAUACAGUGACGGAGGUUCCAAAUAAUUAUGUGCCCUUUGCACUAGGAGACUGUUAGAGGAUUACUAAUAAAAUGACCACAGGCAUUGUGGCAGAAGUGAUGCAGUCCCUCAUGUGUCCUUGUGAUUCUAGUUGCUAUAGACCAUUUAAGACAACUUAU